AUGUGGUUGGAGGCAAGUUUAAAAUCAAAACUUUCAUUUGCAUUUAUAUUUACUGUUUCCGGUAUCCGGAACUCUUCACAUUUAGAGCUUUUAUCAAGAAAAUAUAAAUGUCAAGAGUUAAAAUUAAAUAAAGCCCUUUUAAACUUCAAUUUGGAAGUCAUAAUUGAAUUUUUGCAAAAAAUUAUUAAAAACAGUUUUGGAUAUUUAAUCAAACUUACAACUUCAACACGUUGUAAAAUUUCCGUUCGUUCAUUACCCUUUAGAUUAAAUGACGCUUAUUGUGAUAGUCAGCAUAAACCAGCUGAAUAA